GACCGAGAGAUCCCCUCCGAUUUAUUCCUUUCAUGUCUGCCCCCAACACCCUUCACUUUCUCUUCUCGCAUCAGACAGAUUAAACCCCCCUCCUUCUUCCCUACCGACCAGCAGAGCUUAUUUUUCCCCCGGGAAGCAGCUAGACGAUGGUCAUACGCUAGCCGAUUAUAGUAUUCAGAAAGGUAAACGUAAAUCUAGGUUUUUCCGUUUUUGGACAUUAAGACGCAAUUGUGGUAGAACUGAUAUUGUUAUUAUGCCUAAUUUGGAAUUGGAAUGAUGUGGUCAUGAAGUUUAACCGAGAGAAACGAUCUGCUGCAAGGAAGAAAAGACACUUUGCUCUUCCUACAAUAAUGUUUUUGGCUGUAAAUCGUUUGAUUGGUGGAGCAAUUUAAACUACAAAAGGUGAAACCUUGUGUUAGGGGGACUGAUCUGAGAAAAGAUUGUUACUUUCUCUCCUUGUUUGUAAGACCAGUGUGAUGGACCAAGGUACAACUUCCAACUCAGUUCCACAAGAUGAUCCUAUUGACAAGUCAAGGGUCUUGGAUAUUAAGCCCAUGAGAAGUUUAGUUCCUGUGUUUCCAUCUGCAAAUGGGAUGUCAUCCAUUGCAGCUCCCCAACCUUCACCCUUCACGUGUGUUCCUCCAGUCGGUCCUUUUCCUCCUGGAGUUGCCCCUUUUUACCCAUUUCUGGCUCCGAAUGACUCAGCAAGACAAACAGAACAACCUCCAUCGGGUUUUACUCAGCCUAUAUCCCCUAUUCCUCUAAACUCGUUCAGAACUCCAGCAUCUAAUGGAGGAUCUGGGAGAACAAGGAGGACCACCACUAGAAUUGACACAGAAGAAGAUGACGUUGACAGUGAUCAGAGUGACCAGUAUGGCUAUGGCGUUCAAGCAAAUAACGUUGAAGACGCCAGUACUCCAAGGAGAAGGGGUAGAUCGCGAAAGAAGACAAAGAUUAUAGGCCAGCAGGGGGACCCACCUGUUGAAAUGGAUUAUGACUCGAUUUUGUUCAGCUUUCUAGAAUCGUUUAAGCUGACCCAAGUAGAUGCUUCCAAAAAAGCCGAUGGUGAUAAGGACCUUGUGGGACGCAUACUGUUGGUUUAUGAUUUGUUAAGAAGGAAAAUGACCCAAAUUGAAGAGGUGAAAGAUCCAUCUCCAGGAUCUUCCAGGCGCCCAGACUUGAAGGCCGGUACGAUGAUGAUGGCAAAAGGGGCCCGCACGAAUCAGACCAAGAGAGUUGGCAAUGUGCCCGGGAUUGAAGUUGGUGACAUCUUCUUUUUCCGGAUGGAGUUAUGUGUGGUGGGGUUACAUGCCCCAACCAUGGCUGGGAUAGAUUAUAUGAGUGUCAAGCUGUCUGCAGAUGAUGAGCCUCUUUCUUUAAGCAUAGUCUCAUCCGGAGGUUAUGAUGAUGAGGGGGAUGAUGGGGAGGUGCUAAUUUACACCGGUCAAGGUGGAGUGCAGAGAAGGGAUGGACAGAUGUUUGAUCAAAAACUUGAAAGGGGAAAUCUUGCUCUUGAGAAGAGUCUCCACCGCUCCAACGAGGUGAGAGUUAUUAGGGGCGUGAAGGAUCCAUGGACCACAGGUAAAAUUUAUCUCUAUGAUGGCUUGUACAAAAUUCAAGAGUCAUGGGCAGAGAAGAACAAAUCUGGAUGCAAUAUUUUCAAGUACAAAUUGGUCAGAAUACCUGGACAACCUGAGGCUUAUGUCUUGUGGAAAUCAAUUCAGCAAUGGAAGGAUGGUAUUAGCACAAGAACUGGGGUCAUCCUGCCUGACUUAACUUCUGGUGCAGAGAGUCAACCAGUUUCUCUGGUCAAUGACGUUGAUAAUGAGAAGGGACCCGCUUAUUUCACUUACAUCCCAACUCUAAAAAAUCCAAAACCCUACGACAUGCCUAGUCCUUCUUUGAGCUGUCAUUGUGUUGGUGGCUGCCAACCUGGCCACUCUAACUGCUCGUGCAUCCAGAGAAAUGGAGGCUAUCUGCCGUAUAAUGCUCUUGGGGUUCUUUUAACCUUCAACAGUAUGAUACACGAAUGUUGUUCAUCUUGUCCAUGCCCUUCCAAUUGCCGAAACCGAAUGUCUCAAGCGGGUCUUAGGGUCCGGCUUGAGGUUUUCAAAACGAAGAACAGAGGUUGGGGACUGCGGUCAUGGGAUCCAAUCCGUGGUGGCUGUUUUAUCUGUGAGUAUGCUGGAGAAGUCAUUGAUGACUUUGGAAGCGACAGGGAAGACAAUUAUAUAUUUGAUGCCUCCAGGAACUAUCAGACACUGGAAAAUUUGCAUGAUGAGAAUGGGAACUCUGAAAAGAUCCCAUUUCCUCUGGUUAUCAGUGCGAAAAACCAUGGAAAUGUUGCUCGUUUCAUGAACCACAGUUGUUCACCAAAUGUGUCCUGGCAGCCGGUUGUGCGUGGCAGUAACAAUGAAGCUUUUUACCAUGUUGCCUUUUUUGCGACUAGACAUAUACCUCCCAUGCAGGAAUUAACCUUUGAUUAUGGGAUGGUUCAGUCUGAAAAAGCAGCACAGAUGAGGAAGAAGUGCUUGUGCGGUUCGUUAAAUUGCAGAGGAUAUUUUUAUUAGUGGCCAACAUGGAGUGUUUGUUUCCACAUCUAGUAUAACCUCUGGUAAAGAUGAUGGGGACGAAAUUCCAGGAAUGCCCUGUUCGCCUGCCAUCCAGUUGUUGUACUAUGUAGCUCUAGCAGUAGUACUUUUUGUUUCUGGGGGUAGUCUGACCAGAACUAUGUUGUAGUGUCUGUUGUAUCAAUUAUAAUACAUAGUACUAAUUAUAUAUUGUAUGGUGAUUCGGAGAUCUAGCCUCUUAUGGUUGACUUUCUCUUUGAUGCUUUGACUUUUCAAUUUCUUUCUUCAUUUUCCUUUAGGAUUUGUAUGAUUUUUCCUGAUUUUGGGGUAUGUUAAGCAUUUUCCGACUUCAGCUUAUUUUUCCCUAGUCUAGAGGUUGGUUGCCCUUUCUAAUAUUUUUGUUGACCGAGUAAUUUAAUUUAAUAUCUUGUUAUACAUGUAUUUGCAAACGCCUCCUAUUUUGUUUGUCAAGAGUCAAGACAAUUUCCAAAAUUUCUGGGUUGUUUGGACGAAUUGCCUGUACAUAAACGUGUGAAAAAAUGUGUAUAAAACUAUAAAAGUAAUCAAUUUUAACGGUAGAUUUGUCAAAUGCUUGAUUUUGCUUGUUAUUGGACAUGUUUUACAUAUUUUAAAGAAAAGAAUAGCUAAAAAAGAGAACAUGAGUAUGAUAUGUUUUACAAAAUGAAAAAAGUGUG